GAACGCCAGAAGGUCCUUCGAGUGUGGGUGCUCUUGUGUCCGGGAACCAGUGUGAGCUGUCAUAGCAUUCCACAUAACCAGCGAGGUCUGGGUUUCUGUUGAAUUUAAAAAUAAUAGACUUGUUUAAGCCAUUAAAACAAACUCAAGAUGUUCGAAGAAGCCAGCGAGGUGUUUGAGAACAUGUUCAAGUCUUCUUUUCCGUUGACGUUUAUUGUAUUUCUACCGGCGGUGCUCAUUCUCGUCUCUCCGCUACCAGCAGAAGCGGCGCACGAAUUUACAGUGUACCGCAUGCAGCAGUAUGACCUGCAGGGUCAACCCUAUGGCACGCGGAAUGCUAUAUUAAACACGGAGGCCCGUACAGUAGAGGCGGAGGUGCUAAGUCGCCGUUGUGUCAUUAUGCGACUCGUGGAUUUUUCUUACGAGAAGUACCAGAAAGCUCUCCGUCAGUCUGCGGGGGCUGUAGUUAUUGUCCUCCCACAGAACAUGUCCACUAUGCCACAGGACAUUGUACAGCAGUUCAUGGAGUUGGAACCAGAGCUCCUGGCAACUGAGACAAUUGUUCCAGUGUACUUUGCCCUGGAAGAUGAUGAGCUGCUGUCUAUAUACAAGCAGACCCACACCUCGUCCUCCUCUCAAGGUUCUGCAUCUGCAGCUGAGGUGUUACUGCACACCGCCACUGCCAAUGGCUUUCAGAUGGUGACGAGUGGCGCUCAGAGCAAGGCAGUGAGCGACUGGGCCAUCACCAGUUUAGAGGGACGGCUGACAGGAGAAGGAGGGGAAGACCUGCCAACAAUCGUGCUGGUGGCUCAUUAUGAUUCCUUUGGUGUGGCACCGUGGCUGUCAUACGGGGCGGACUCUAACGGCAGCGGAGUGUCAGUGCUGCUGGAGCUGGCCCGCCUCUUCUCCAGACUCUACAACUACAAGAGGACGCGAGCAGGUUACAACUUGCUGUUCUUUGUCUCUGGGGGUGGAAAGUUCAACUAUCAGGGAACCAAGCGAUGGCUAGAGGACAACCUCGAUCACACAGACUCCAGCCUCCUCCAGGAUAACGUGGCCUUCGUGCUGUGCCUGGACACCCUGGGGAGCGGGGACAGCCUCCACCUGCACGUGUCCAAACCUCCGAAAGAGGGCAGCCCCCAGCACGCCCUGCUCCGAGAGCUGGAAACGGUGGUGUCGGCACAGUCCUCGGACCUCAAGUUCUCCAUGGUGCACAAGAAGAUCAACCUGGCGGACGACACGCUAGCGUGGGAGCACGAGCGCUUCGGGAUCCGCCGGCUGCCCGCCUUCACGCUGUCGCACCUGGAGAGCCACCGGGCGGCGCUGCGCAGCAGCAUCAUGGAUGUGCGGCCCCACGUGGAGCUGAAGAAGCUGAGUCGCAACACUAAGAUCAUCGCAGAGGCGCUUGCCAGAGUGAUCUACAACCUCACAGAGAAGGGUGCCCCCGCAGACCUGCAGAUCUUCACUGACCAAAUGCAGGUGCAGGAGGAUCAGCUGUCCUCUCUGGUGGACUGGCUCACCGCCCAGCCGCGCGCCGCCCAGCUGGUGGACAAGGACAGCAGCGUGGUCAGCACCCUGGAGUACCACCUGGGCCGCUACCUGAAGGACGUCAAGAAGCACUACGUCAAAGCCGAUAAGAGAGACCCAGAAUUUGUGUUUUACGAUCAGCUCAAACAGACCAUGAAUGCAUACAGGGUGAAGCCAGCUAUCUUUGACCUUCUCCUGGCAGUGUGCAUAGCAGCCUACCUGGGAGUGUUGUAUCUGGCUGUUCAGCACUUUGGGGUGCUCUAUAGCGUCCUGCGCAGAGCUGCCCAGCCCAAAUCCAAGCAGCACUGACGGGACAGACCCCUCCACGUCUUUGCCCCGACGCUUGGCUCCCGUUUUCCUCACGCGAAUGACACAAAAAUCGAGAAUGGCCAGUCCAAGCAGCCAUGUUUCUUCUUCUUUUUUUUUUUUUUGUUGUUUUUCCCCCAGUUUUUUCUUACUUUCAUCAUUUCAAACUCGUAAUGUUUUUGUAUCUUUGGAAAAGUGGCCCUUUGGAAUUGGUGUGCCAAGUUUUGCAUCCUGAGUUUCUGGCUGGCUGUGAAGCUGGCUUCAGGUCACACACACCCUCUUAAGUCUUCCUUUACUAAUGAGCACAGCCUUUCCCCAGCACCUGACACCUUUACUCCAACUACUGCGAUGUCCCAGCACCUAACACUAUCUACUCACACUUUACUCUCACCUCUGUCCUAUCCCACUGCCUAACACCGUCUACUCAUACUUUACUUCAACUACUGCGCUGCCCCAGUACCUAACACUGUUUACUCACACUUUACUCUCAUCUCUGUUCUAUCCCACUGCCUAACACCAUCUAUUCACACUUCAGUCCCACCCCUGUUCUAUUCCUCUGCCUAACACUUUCUACUCACUGCAACCUUCAUUCUACUCCUACCCCUGUACUAUCCCAGAACCUAAGAUGUCUACUCACACUUCACUCUCAUCUCUGUUCUGUCCCCAAUCCUACCACUGUCUGCUCAUGCUUUACUCUCACACCUGCACUAACCCCACUCCUAACACUAUCCACUCAGGCUACUCCUCGUCCUGUUCCCCCAUACUGCCCUCUGUUUCUCUCUGCCUGUCUUCUCUAAUCCCUGCCAGUCAACAGUGGGCUUUUUUUGGUCAGCUAUGACAAGCCAAGGACAACUAUACAGAAACCCAUUUUAAAAAAGGGUACUAUCUGUGCAUUUGUGAGUAUGUGUUCUUGGUGAAUACGCGCACAACUUCACUUCCUCACUGCUAAAUGCAGAUUUAUUGAUGUUUUCUUAAUCUUAUGCAGAGACUACAUGUCCUGAAAUUGAUUCUCAUUCCCCCAUUUGAAAGUUCUUGCCUAUUGGAUGAUUCCUUUCAUAUUUCCUCCAUGUAGAACAAGUGUGUUAAUUGCUGAUAAUUUGGUACUUAGCAAGCUAGCUAAUUACCGAACUGGCAGACUUGUUCAUGUGUCAGACUCUGCUCUAGACUUCCAUUGUUAGCCUGUUUCCAGUUGUGCGAGUUGUCCAGCCAACAAAGGGUGUCAAACACCCAGCCUGUGGGAGUGGCCAUCUUUUGACGGACACUCAGCCACAGCUGUUAUUUUCCUCAGUCGGAUUUUGAGGUCUUGAAACUGCUGUGUAUGAAUUCUGCCAAGAACAAAUGACUAGAGAUAAAUUGUUGAAAAAUCAUGGUUAAAUGUCACAAAUUAUUUUUAGAUCCUUAUUAAAAAAUACUUUUCUCUUAUGACCCGAAGAACUUCAACAAUGGCCUUGAGUGAACACUUUGCCUGAUUAAAAAUACAUAUGUGCAUGAAAAAUACAUGCAUCUAGAAUUAAAACCCAUACAUCAGUCUGACCCCUUUCUGCUAUCAUACUGUACUGUUCCACGCUGUAGUACAUUGCUUGAUCAUUCAUUCUUUACUGCGCUUCAGCCAAAUCUAACUGUUGCCUUCAUAAUGUCAUAAAUGCAAGUUGAUUUAUGCCUUGGAACAUUCAACUUUUUCCACCUCAUUACACAGUCAUUGUUUUUUAUUUCAGUUUUUGAUAUCAGCUUCAUGAGAAAAAGGUAACUUCAGUUUCAUUCAUCAUGAAUUUACAUUUUUUGGAUGAAGAGUGUUGAACGGCAUCUUGAGGGAUAAGUGAAAAUAACGGAUGAAUUUGUGUGUCUACAAAUGUGUGCAAAAGUCAACCCCAGUAAAACUCAUCGCCUAUGUUUACUAUUAAUCAUUUACUUGAAUUGUGUGCAAGUCAUCACAAGCUCACUUUCGUAAUACUUACUGUAUGUAUGUCUGAACCUGAAUUGACAUGGCACCUGAUCAAACUGCAUGUAUGAGAUUCUGAAGAUAUCUUUCCACUUUUGAUGAAACAUGGAGGAUUUUACUUGGUGGAAAAAAUCAUUUCUGUUGAAGAUGACCAGUUGAGUCCAAAAACACUGCAGUGUUUUUUCUGCUCAGUCGUGGCCAAGUUCUUUUUUCAUGUUCGUGCUUUUUACAACUUACACAGGGGGUAGGGAGAAGUUGGUUGUUGGUUUGGGUAUUCAUAGCUUAAGGAGCGAUGCUACAUGCUUGUCCUGUUAGCCUUGCAGACGGAUGCGUCUCUACUGUGGAGAGACAGGCAGGCAAAGGCUUGUGUAUCAAUGCAUGGGAAAUCCUGUGUGGUACAUAUCCUUUCAUUUUAAUUUAUUGAAGCAGAGAAUGCUGAACUGUGCACUGAAUUAAAUUCUUUCCUUGGUUUUUCUUAAAUCGA